AGUGUCGGCGGCGCGGGCGACGGGCGCGGCGAAUCCUGGGAGCUGAGUUCAGUGCUGCUGGUAUUUUGGUAUUUUUGACUGUUUGCAAUGCUUGGGGCAAGGAACACCCUCUCAUGACGCCGGGCUUUGGUUCCAGUGAAGAAAAUGAGGCAGAAGGGAGCGCCGGCCAAGGCCUUCCAGGGCCCCGCCGCGGUCCGCGGGCCCCCGACCAGCCAGGUGUACGUGUUCGGCCGAGGCGGCGCGGACUCGGGGGGCUCCUCGGAGGAAGAGGCCCCCCAGCUGGCCCUGCGGCCGCGGCGCCCGGAGAAGGCUGCCCAGCGCCCUGCGCCGCCGGGAGCGGGGAGCAUCGUGCUGCUGCAGCGGGAGCUGGCCCGCGACGACAGCCUCAACCGGCUCGCCCUGCAGUACGGCUGCCAACGCUCAGAGUGGGUGACAGUGGCCAAGUUGCAGACAUCAAGCGAGCCAACAGCUUCAUCCGGGAGCAGGACUUGUUCGCUUUGAAAUCGGUUAAGAUUCCCGUGAGAAGCCACGGGAUCCUCACCGAGACCCACCGAGAGCUCAGACCCCUCCCGGGCCCGUCCUCAGAGACCAGAGUGACGGUGGAGGAGCCGCCGGCCCCGGACAGCGCCGCCGCCCCGCCCCGCCCGCUGACGGCUUUCUUCCAGGGCAUCGACCGCGACCUCCAGCGCGCGGCGCAGUCGGAAAUCCUCACCAGCGAGAGUCCCCGCGCGGGGCCCCGCCUGCCGCCCCUGCCCGCUGCCCCCAAGGCGCCCCCGCUCGGCGCCGACUGCGGGAUCCGGUGGUGGAACGCCGUCUGCCUCAUGCUCCUCGUCGGCGUCGUCCUACCCGUGUUCUACCUGGUCUACUUCAAGAUCCGCGCCGCGGGCGACGUUCCCGGCGGCUGGGACACGACCGCCGUCCCCAGGGGCUCGGUGGCGGCGAGUGCGGCUCCGGGCCAGGCCCCCAGACUCGCGGUUCCGGCGCCCAGCACCCCCUCUCCGGGCAGCCGGCUCCGGCAGACCUGGGCGGGGAGCUAGCUGCCGUGUCUCAGGGAGCGGCCUCGGGGGCCGGCUGCGCGUGGGGCUCCCGAUCCGCACCGGCCGGCAGGGCCACACCCAGCAGGCGGCCCACGGACACGCUUCGGAAGCCGCCCGCGUUCUCGGCUAACACCCACCUCCAGCCAAGGCCGCGAGCCGCCCCCCGGGCCUCCUGCACCCAGGAAGCGGGGGCAGGGACAUUGCACGGAUGUGCCCUUGGCUUUGAAGGCUUUGGGUGGGUGGCCCCCAAAUGGGCCUUGCUGGGAAGCAGAGGCAGGGCCUUGGCAAGGGCCGCGGAGCCUGGCUGCCCGUGGGGGCGCGGGCUCUGGCGACAGUGCUUCCCGUCUCCCUGGCAAAGCCGCCGUCCACGUGGCACCCGUCACCUGCUUCUGAGCGCCAUGGGCACAGGGAGCCACCUGCUCUUCCGCCUGCCGGUUCGCCUUUUGGGCAACGUCACUCCCACGGUCAGAGCCCUCGAACCCGAUGCCGUCACCGGAGGAAGCGGCGCCUUGAGCGUCCUGUCACCUUCGAGUCCCCCGCAGGUGUGAGGCCGGGCAGGGGCGGCGCGCCCCCCGCAGGGCACCCCCACAGCGUUCUCGAACCGGGCUCCCAGGCCGCCCUGCCAGGCCCUCUUGCCGGCCAGCGUCUGGCGUGGCGAGAGGACAGCCAGUCCCGGAGGUGCCCGCGUGACGGUGAGGCCAGGCAGUGGCCGGUCCCGCGUCCCCAGCAGCAGCCCCUGCGCACCCCUGGCUCCGGGUGCAGGGACAGGCGGCCUCCGCUGCUCCCCGCCUCCAUCCUCAGGGUCCCCGAGCCGCAGGAGGGACAGGGCCCAGCGUUUGCUCGGGGUGACCAGCACCCCCUACACGGACAGUAGGGCCCGUGUGCUGAAAUGCCCACUUACUCGAGGGCGCAGGGGUGCCCCUCCUGCGAAAGCCACAGAGAAGGCGAUGCUUGCUGCCUGAGGUGCCCUCUCCGUCCGUUCAUUCUACAGUGGUGCCCAGUGCAUGGCUCAAGGGGGCAAGGGGCGCCCUCUGAGGCCCUGCGGGGGGCGGGGGGGGGGGAUAGCCUGCUUUGCGGGAGCCCAUCUGGUCCCACUGAGGGUGAUGGCGGGCGGCUCAGCCUCAGCUCUGUCUCCAGGAGGUGAGCUCGCGCGGCUGCUGAGCUGCGGGCACGUGGAUGGCACCUGCCCUGAGGCCGGGACGCCUGAGCAGAUCCCUGGGCGGGAAGAAGGGAGGGUGGGGUGGAGGGAUGUGGGGGUGGCUUCAGUUCCUCUCCUCAGUCCCGUGGAAACGGGGCUCCGUGCGGACACUUGAAGGAUCUUCGUGAUGAAGCGUGUGCCUCAAAACCCACGGUCUCCGGACAGAAUGGACUUGGGCGCCUUCGCUGCAGAGCGUGUGGGUCCCAGGGCUGCUGUCUGUGCCCAGGGCCGCAGGGCGGGCUGAGCUGGGACAGGGACUGUCGGGCAGAGAAUGAGGAGCUGCCUCCUGUACCCCCUUCAGACGGAAUAAAGUCAUCGCUUCUGUGAA